AUGCAGCCGAAUAAAAUAUUUCAAAGACUUUUUAGAAAUACUUCCACUCUGCACAGACGUCAUAUACUGGAUAAAAAAGAAAAUCACUGCUUGAUUUCUUGCAAAAACCAGAGAUUAAACCAUUACGUUAACACAAAAUACAGUAAUUUAGAACCAAUACCCUUAGCUUCCAAAGGGUGGAACCACCACAAGUCUAAAGGGGACUUUUUUAUGAUAAAUCCAAUCGCUGAGGAAAAUGAAUAUAAGAAACCUAAAAUUCCUUUCAGCCAGUUGAAUAUUAUGCCGGAAUUAAUAAAAACAUUAGAAAAGGAAAAUAUUAUGAAAGCAACCAGUUAUCAAGCAGAAGCGAUACCUGAAUUGUUUGAAAACAAUCAUGUUUUAUUAGGUGCAGAAACAGGAUGUGGAAAAACUAUUUGUUAUUUACUUCCCUUAUUGCAAACCAUCGCUUCCAUGAAAGAUAGUAAUAAUGAUGCACUGAAUUCACCUCGAAUCCUUGUUUUAGUACCUAGUAGAGAACUAGCCUUUCAAAUUGGAGAAAUGGCAAAUAUCUUGGCGGAGCCUUUAGAUUUGAAAGUAAAAAUAUUGACAGGAGGUAAAAUAAAAAAGAAUAUGAUGAAUCCACAUUUUGAAAAGAUUGAUAUAUUGGUUGCAACACCUGGUGCUAUUGGAAAAUUAUCAACUGUAGGAAUAUAUAAAUUGCAAAAUGUUCAACAUACAGUUUUAGACGAAGCAGAUACUCUAACAGACGAUAGUUUUGAUGAAAGAAUUAGUGUUUUAUUAAGAAGAGUAGCACAGUCAAGAUUAGUGUUAGUUUCAGCAACACUACCAAAAUAUUUACCUGAUAGUUUAAAGCCCAUUGAAUCUGCUUUAGUUGAGGUCAUCUCACCAGAGAUUCACAGGCCUCUACUUCAUGUACCCCAAAAAUUUUUUAGAAUUUCAAGGAGUGGAAAAGUUGGUCAGAUGCUUCAUAUAGCAAAAUCAAAUAAAGAGCCACUUUUGAUAUUCACUAAUCGUAAUGAAACAUGCAAUUGGUUGGCCAUGUUUUUAAGAGAGAAUGGUCUAACAUGUUCAAAUAUCAAUGGUGAUAUGAAUUACUAUAUAAGAAUUCAACAGUGGAAUGAUUUUGUAGAAGGCAAGACAAGAAUCCUAUCAGCAACUGAUAUAGGAUCCAGAGGUUUAGAUACUAUUGAUAUAAAGCAUGUUGUGAAUUACGAAUUCCCACUUCAUGCUGCCGAUUAUCUGCAUCGUAUCGGAAGAGUAGGAAGAAUUGGCAGCCCCAAAGAUUGUAAAGUUACAAACCUUAUAUGUGGGGGUCAAGAGAUAACGCUUCUCCAAGAAAUUGAGGUUUGUAAAGUUGGUUACUAG